AAAUACCCCUUCAAAUACCCAUUGAGAUCCAUCCUUCACAGGAAAUAAGAGCUACCCAAAAAAAAUAAACAUUUGAAGUGUGAGUGAGAAAUAGGAUAGUAGAAAGAUGGAGACUUUCCCAGUGGUUAACAUGGAGAUGCUUAACACAGAAAAAAGGGCUGCAACAUUGGAGAAAAUAAAAGAUGCUUGUGAGAACUGGGGAUUCUUUGAGGUGGUAAAUCAUGGGAUAUCUCAUGAUCUUCUUGACACAGUGGAGAAGUUCACAAAGGAACAUUACAAGAAGUGUAUGGAACAAAGGUUCAAGGAAAUGGUGGCAAGUAAAGGCCUUGAAGCUGUUCAGACUGAAAUUGAUGAUUUGGACUGGGAAAGUACUUUUUUCUUGAAACAUCUUCCUAUUUCAAACAUUUCAGAAGUUCCUGAUCUAGAAGAUGAUUACAGGAAAAUCAUGAAGGAGUUUUCAAAUAAACUGGAGAAACUAGCAGAGCAACUUUUGGACUUGCUGUGUGAAAAUCUAGGACUAGAGCAAGGUUACUUGAAGAAAGUCUUUUAUGGAUCAAAGGGUCCUACUUUUGGCACCAAAGUUAGCAACUACCCACCAUGUCCCAAGCCUGAUCUGAUUAAAGGCCUGAGGGCUCACACAGAUGCUGGUGGCAUCAUCCUUCUAUUCCAAGAUGACAAAAUCAGUGGUCUCCAACUACUCAAAGAUGGCGAAUGGAUUGAUGUUCCACCAAUACGCCACUCCAUUGUCAUCAACCUCGGUGACCAACUCGAGGUGAUUACCAAUGGAAAAUACAAGAGUGUGGAGCACAGGGUGAUUGCUCAGCCUGAUGGAAACAGAAUGUCCUUAGCUUCGUUCUAUAAUCCAGGGAGCGAUGCUGUCAUCUAUCCAGCACCAGAAUUGUUGGAGAAGGAAGAAAAAGAGAACAUAGUCAUGUAUCCCAAAUUUGUUUUUGAGGACUAUAUGAAAUUAUAUGCAGGUCUCAAAUUCCAGGCUAAGGAGCCAAGGUUUGAAGCAAUGAAGGCUGUGGAAACUGCUGUCAACUUGGGCCCAAUAGUAACUGUUUGAUGAGACAGUGUUAAGUCCAACUUUGAUGAAGUAUUAAUACAAAACUAAUAUAUGGGAAUGGGAAGAAAAGAUUGUUUAGUACUAAGAUAAUGAUGUUGUAAUAAUUUGAUUAAUGUUGGUUUAAUUAGUGGGGUGCUUUUUCUUGUUUUGUGCAACUUGGGUUUUCUUUGUGUACUCUUGUCUGGUAGUGUGAUGUCUUAAGUGGAGUUUAUUGUAAGGUUUUCAGAUUUCCAAUGAACUCUUUUAUUCCCAGCAAA